CCUUCUAUCGUUUACACUUUUUGGAUUUCGGUCUUGAUUUCUCGAUUUAUUAUCAUUAGAAUGGAAAUUAAUACUGACGAUCAAACGCCAUCAACAUCUGGAAUUCCUUCCACGACACACUCAGAGAGAGAAGAUGGUCCUGUUGGCGAUACAGAAAUUAGCUCCUCCUCUGAAGAUCAAGAUACUGAUGACUCCAGCAAUGAAGAAUACUGCAGCAGUGAUAAUGAGGGGAAAGAGGAAGGGAUAUUCACUUCAUACCUGAAGAAAUUGUCCUCAAAGCAAGAUAUUGCUGAAGUCAAAGAACAAAUGACAUCAGAUGCAUUAUCCACAUCAUCCAUUAUCAAUAGCUACCUCUCCAUGAAUUCCAUAAUUUUCCCACAACAGCCACGUGCAUCAUCUCAUCCACCAGUAAUGCCUUCAUUAUCUUCACCUUCAUCAUCUUCACCGCAAGACAUUCUUAAUGCACUUUCUGACAUUUCAUCCAAACUUGAACGCUUUACUGCAAACAUUCCCACAUUACCUGAGCACACCAAUGCUGCAGACACACAACAUGUAGCUUUUCAAAUAGCCCACUGGUCAUCACUAUUCAUUAGCAUGUUGCAAAACCCAAUUGCAUCUAUAUCUUUGUCUGCAUCUUCGUGUACAUCAACAUCUUCAUCUACAUCUACAUUAAUGUCACAGCCACCAUCCACACCACAGCCAUUCAUACCACAGCCAUUCAUAUCACAGCCAUUCAUACCACAGCCAUCCAUACCACAGCCAUCUAUACCACAGCCAUUCAUACCACAGCCAUCCAUACCACAGCCAUCCAUACCACAGCCAUCCAUACCACAGCCAUCCAUACCACAGCCAUCCAUACCACAGCCAUCCAUACCACAGCCAUCCAUCCCACAUCCAUCCACACCACAGCCAUCCACACCACAGCCAUCCAUACCACGGCCAUCCAUACCACGGCCAUCCAUACCACAGCCAUCCACACCACAUCCAUCCACACCACAGCCAUCCACACCACAGCCAUCCACACCACAGCCAUCCACACCACAUCCAUCCAUACCACAGCCAUCCAUACCACAUCCAUCCACGCCACAGCCAUCCACACCAUAG